AUGGCCUUCUCUACUAACCCAGCCACUCAAGAAGUACAGCCCAAAUCCACUCACGUCGCCGACCCAACACUCCUCCCCUUCAUCCAACCUAGCUUUGACGUAGCCGACUACUUCAACACCACGCUCCCCUCGCUCUCGCUCUCCUCGAGUACGCAGCCUAGGGCUCCACGGCAAUCAUCUGCUGCCGCCUCCGCAUCACUCCAGGAGCUCUCCUCUCAGACCCAGACGCUGCUUGCCCAACUCAACGCACAGACCGCACGGCUGUCCAGCACCCUCACACAGCUGACGGACGAUAUACUGCGGAGCGGAGGGAGGCUAGCAUAUCGUGUUGAGGUGCUGCGCGGAGAAACGCUCGGUCUGUCUGAAGCCCUGACGGAUGGAUUGCAGGAAGAUGUGCGCAAGUUCGUGCCAGAAGGCGUGACGAUUAGAGCUGCCGGCACACCUGCCGAGAAAGGGGACCAAGCUGCGGACGAAGGGACAGACGCUGGACCCACCCACUUUGCAGCAUCAGAAACAGCUGGAAACGCGGCAGCAGAGGGAGAAGUCCCCUACAUUGCUCAACUCCGCACCCUCACCCUUGUGCGCGCCCGCCUCGAAAGCGUAAUCAAGGUCUUCGGCGAAGCGAUGCAAUGGACGCUCCCGCCCUCUGAAGUCUCUCUCGCAUCUUCGCUCAUCUCUGUCUCAGCGCCCGAACCUGGCUCAGACAGCCACUCGCGCGAGGAGAAAGGUCGAGAGUUUGCGGAGAAGCUGCGUGAUGAGAUCUCGGAUCUAGUGACCGGAGGAAGCACGGAUGCGCAGGGGCUGGAUGCUGCAAUCAGCCGCAUUGAUGCGUUGCGGGAGCUCGCGACGGUGUGGAAGGGCACUGCUGAGGAGAAGGCUAGGGUCAGGUUCAUUGAGAGUCUUAUCAAGCUGGUGGAAGAGCGGCAGAAGGCGUUGGGCAGAGGCCAGGCGUCAAGUAGCGCUCAGAGUACCGGCUCGCAGAGACAAGCUGCAAAUCGGGCUGCGAAUGAAGGAGGUGGCUUUCUGCAGAACCUGCAGCGUAUGCGGGGGAACAUCUAUCUCGAAUAG